GCACGCUUCUCCUCGAGCUGGAAGAUCUUCUUAAUUAUCUAUACCCCCAUAAUAUUACUACUACAUACUACUUACUACCACUACUUACCUACUGCCCAUCCCAUCCCAUGCCUCUCUUUCCCAUUGAACGCCGUCGCAAAUAACUAGAGCCCCGCGAAGCUUUGUCGCCCUCUGGGUAGGACACGAAGGAAGUAUAGGUUAGGUUAGGUUAGGUUAGGUACCUCUUAACUAAGCUAAGAUGGCGGACGACUACGAGCUCAAGUCGACUAAGCGCGACGACAAUGAGGCGACGUCUACCGAGCUCAAUAUCGAGCCGACGGAGACGACGGGAAGAGGGAGGAAGUCGAUUAUCGACCGCGAUGACCAGGCUCUUACUCGGCUUGGGAAAAUCCCUGUGCUUAAGCGCAACUUUGCCCUCAUGUCCAUCCUCGGAUUCAGCUGUACGGUUAUGAAUACCUGGGAAGGAGAACUGGUGCUUUUCCUCCAAGCAUACGAGAAUGGCGGUUCCGCAGGGUCUAUAUACGGAUUCAUAAUCGUCUGGAUUGGCACGCUCUGCGUCUUCGCAACUAUGGGAGAACUAGCAUCGAUGGCGCCGACGUCAGGAGGUCAAUAUCACUGGGUAUACAUGUUGGCGCCGAACAAUUGGCGCAAGUUCACGAGUUAUUUUAUCGGCUGGUUGACGGUCAUCGGCUGGCAAGCUGCCGUCGCGAGCCUGGGUUAUCUUGCCGCCGGUCUCAUCCAGGGCGUUGCUGUGAUGGGGAAUCCGGACUACGUACCGUUAGCUUGGCAGAAACUCCUGCUGCUGUAUGCCUCUGUCGCAUUUGCGGUGUUCAUCAAUACGGUUGUGAGCAGUGCCCUGCCAAAGGUAGAAGGUCUCGUCUUGAUCCUUCAUAUCCUCGGGUUCUUUGCUAUUCUCGUACCGCUGGUCUACCUGAGCCCUCAUAAGAGUGCCCAAGAAGUCUUUACGUCGUUCUCGAAUGGUGGAGGAUGGCCGACGCAAGGUCUUUCUUUUAUGCUUGGCAUGAUAGCGGCUGUGUUUAACUUCCUCGGUAUGUUCUUAAUGUCUGAAGAGAUUCAGAAUGCAUCCGUCAUUGUCCCACGAGCAAUGAUUUUCACCGUCCUUUUGAAUGGUACUCUAGGGUUUGGCAGUCUACUCGCUUUAUUAUUCUGCAUCGGCGACAUAGAUUCUGCUCUAAAGACACCCACUAAAUACCCCUUCAUGGCGAUAUUUCAAGAGGGUGUAGGGUCGCGACAGGGUGCUCAGACCAUGGCUUCGAUCCUUGUAGUCUUGCAUCUUUUCGCUAUGGUAUCCCUAAUGGCUACUGCCUCUCGAAUGACGUGGUCCUUUGCGCGAGAUAGGGGUUUGCCGGGUUGGUUCUACAUUAGCAAGGUUGAACCCAAGACCUCGAUUCCAGUAAUUGCAAUCGUUCUCACGACGAUUAUCUCCUACCUUCUGGCCCUUAUCACGUUAGGCUCCUCGGUGGCGUUCAACGACAUCGUUUCCUUGACUGUUAAUGGCUUAGACGGCGCAUAUCUCAUCGGAAACAGUCUUCUCCUCUGGCGACGAUUGACUGGUGGUAUCCGCCCGUAUAACCGGGAGAACACAGCAUUGACCAAUACCAAUCACGAAAACUUAUCGUGGGGUCCUAUGAAAAUCCCAGAACCAUUUGGAACUAUCGUCAAUGCAUUUGGCUGUGCAUUUCUCGUCGUCAUGUUGUUCUUCAGCUUCUGGCCGACUCACGUCAACCCCACUGCCGAAAGUAUGAACAUGAGCGCUCUGAUGGUUGGAGCGACACUGAUCUGGUCCGUGAUAUACUACGCCGUCUGGGCGCGCAAAGUGUAUUCCGGACCGGUUAUUGAGAUUAAUAAUAGUUAG